CACCACUCCCCAUGUGCAUGGAGCAGUAGUCAGUCUCGCUGUACGGUAGACGCGUCCCCACACUGCUCACGGGACGCACAGAGACAAAAGCGCCUAGUAGGGGAUACCCGAACCACUCUCCCAAUUGAUCUAGAUCGGUUUGCCCUCGGAAGUGGAUUAAAAAGGACAUUUUAUUCAACGGCUGAGGGGUGUUGUUCAGCGAUGGAGGUGAAAACAUCACUGCUCGACAAUAUGAUAGGGGUAGGGGACAUGGUCCUCCUAGAGCCCUUGUCAGAAGAGUCAUUCAUUGAGAAUCUAAAAAAGCGAUUCGAUCACAAUGAGAUCUAUACAUACAUCGGCAGUGUAGUAAUCUCUAUGAAUCCUUACAAGUCCCUGUCCAUUUACUCAGCAGAAAAGGUGGAGGAGUAUCGCAACAGAAACUUCUAUGAGCUCAGUCCACACAUUUAUGCUCUGGCAGAUGAGGCCUACCGGUCCCUGCGACAUCAAGAUAAAGACCAGUGUAUACUUAUCACCGGAGAGAGUGGGGCAGGAAAGACAGAGGCCAGUAAGUUUGUGAUGUCAUAUGUUGCGGCAGUGUGUGGGAAGGGCCAGGAAGUGAACAAAGUAAAAGAGCAGCUGCUUCAGUCCAAUCCUGUGCUUGAGGCUUUUGGGAAUGCCAAGACUGUGAGAAAUGACAACUCGUCUCGAUUUGGGAAGUACAUGGAUAUUGAGUUUGACUUCAAAGGAGACCCCCUUGGUGGAGUCAUCAGUAAUUAUCUCUUGGAGAAAUCCCGUGUGGUAAAGCAGCCUAGGGGGGAAAGGAAUUUCCACAUCUUUUACCAGCUGCUUUCUGGUGCAUCAGAUGACAUGCUUAAAAAACUGAAGCUGGACCGGGACUUCAGCAAAUAUAACUACCUUAGCCUGGAUUCAGCCACUGUCAAUGGACUGGAUGAUGCUGCUAGUUUCAGAACUGUCAGAAAUGCGAUGCAAAUUGUGGGCUUCAUGGAGGAUGAGGUACAAUCAAUACUCGAGCUGAUAGCUGCUGUUCUCAAGCUGGGAAAUAUUGAGUUCAAACCAGAGUCUCGAGUCAACGGCUUUGAUGAGAGUCGAGUCAAGGACAAAAAUGACCUGAAGGAGAUGUGUGAGCUGCUGGGCAUCGAACAGUCUGUGCUGGAGAGAGCUUUCAGCUUCCGUACGGUGGAGGCCAAAAUGGAAAAGGUGUCCACCACACUUAAUGUGGCUCAGGCUUAUUAUGCUCGUGAUGCACUUGCCAAAAACCUGUACAGCCGACUGUUCACCUGGCUGGUAAACAGAAUCAAUGAAAGCAUCAAGGCUCAAACCAAGACACGGAAGAAAGUAAUGGGAGUGCUGGAUAUUUAUGGUUUUGAAAUCUUUGAGAAUGGAGACAACAGUUUUGAGCAGUUUAUCAUUAACUACUGCAAUGAGAAGCUACAACAAAUCUUCAUUGAACUUACUCUCCGUGAGGAGCAAGAGGAAUAUAUCCGUGAAGGUAUUGAGUGGACCAAUAUUGAGUACUUCAACAACGCCAUCAUAUGUGACCUCAUCGAGAAUAACAAGAAUGGUAUUUUGGCCAUGUUAGAUGAAGAAUGUUUGAGGCCAGGCACUGUGACAGAUGAGACUUUCUUGGACAAGCUGAACACUGUGUGUGCUGAACACCAGCAUUUUGAGAGCAGAUUGAGCAAAAACUCCAAGUUUCUUACUGACCAUAGCCUCCCACACAACUGCUUCCGCAUCCAGCACUAUGCCGGCAAGGUGCUGUAUCGGGUUGAAGGUUUUGUGGAUAAAAAUAAUGACCUCCUGUACAGAGAUUUGUCCCAGGCCAUGUACAAAGCCAAUCACAAUCUGAUAAAGCUUCUUUUUCCUGAGGGUAACCCAGCUAAAGUGAACCUCAAGCGGCCCCCCACAGCUGGAUUCCAGUUUAGAGCCUCAGUGGGAACACUCAUGAAAAACCUGCUGACCAAAAACCCUAACUAUAUCAGGUGUAUCAAACCCAAUGACAAGAAAGCAGCCCAUAUUUUCACAGACUCACUAGUGUGUCACCAGGUGCGCUACUUGGGUCUAAUGGAGAAUGUUCGUGUAAGAAGGGCUGGUUAUGCUUUCCGCCAGGCCUAUGAGCCCUGCCUGGAGCGCUACAAGAUGCUCUGCAAACAGACUUGGCCCCACUGGAAGGGCCCAGCCAGGGAGGGUGUUGAGGUUCUCCUGAGUGACCUUCAGGUUCCUGCAGAGGAAUUUGCCUAUGGACGUUCAAAAAUAUUCAUCAGGAAUCCCAGAACGCUCUUUUUUUUGGAAGAGAAGAGGAGACAGUGCCUUGAGGACUUGGCAGCACUCAUCCAGAAGAUCUACCGUGGCUGGAAAUGUCGCACUCACUUUCUCCUUCUGAAAAAGAGCCAGGUGGUUGUGGCAGCCUGGUACCGAAGAUUUGCGCAACAAAAGAAGUACCAGAAAAUCAGGUGUUCUGCCUUAGUAGUUCAAUCUUUCAUUCGUGGAUGGAAGGCCCGGAAGCUUUUGCGUGAACUAAAACACAAGAAGCGAUGCGAAGAGGCUGUCACAACAAUUUCAGCUUAUUGGCAUGGAACCCAGGCUCGCUGGGAACUGCGUCGUCUUAAGAAGGAGGCAUGGAAUAAACAUGCCGUGUCUGUCAUUUGGGCAGCUUGGCUUGGAACAAAGGCAAGAAGAGAACUGCAAAAGUUAAAGCAUGAAGCUUGUAGUAAACAGGCAGUGUCUGUCAUUUGGGCCUGCUGGCAAGGAACAAAGGCACGUAGAGAGCUGAAGCGCUUGAAGGAGGAAGCCAGGCGUAAACACGCCAUUGCUGUCAUUUGGGCCUACUGGUUGGGACUAAAGGUUCGUCGGGAGUACAGGAAGUUCUUCAGAGCUAAUGCUGGCAAGAAGAUCUAUGACUUCACCAUCCAGAGAAUUAUACAGAAGUACUACCUAGGCUUGAAGAAGACAAUGCCUUCCAUGUCACCGAUCGAUAAGAGCUGGUCAACUUGUCCCUAUGGUUUCCUUGAUGGGACACAUCAAGAACUCAGGAGAAUUUUCCAUCUGUGGAGGUGUAAGAAAUAUCGCAGCCAGUUCACAGAGGAGAAGAAGGCUACCUAUGAGGAGAAGCUUGCAGCCAGUGAACUCUUCAAAGAUAAAAAAGCCUUGUAUCCUAGCAGUGUCAGUCAACCUUUUAAAGGAGACUAUGUGGAGAUAACUAAGAAUCCAAAGUACCAGAAGCUCAACAGCUUGGUAGAGGACAAAGUUCUUCUUGCAGAUGUUGUCAGUAAAAUCAACCGGGCCAAUGGCAAGGGAACGCCCAGAAUUUUCCUCCUGACCAAGAAGUGCCUGGUUCUGGCUGAUCAGAAGACAGGUCAGGUGAAAGCCAGCGUUCCCCUGCCAGACCUCAGCAGUGUUUUUGUGAGCACACAAAACGAUGGCUUCUUUGCUCUUAAGCUUAGAGAGGGUGCUACAUCUGCAGCCAAAGGUGACUACCUGCUUAGCAGUGACCGACUGAUCGAGAUUAUAACCAAACUUUACUGCACUGGUGCAGCUUCAGCUGAAAGGAACCAGAUCAAAAUUGAUAUUUCAGAUGAGUUCUUGGUACAGUUUAAGCAGGACAAAGUUUGCGUAAAAUUCAUCCAGGGUACUCCUAAGAACAGUAAUAGUGUCUCAUGCAAGCGUAAAAACAAUCGUCUUCUGGAAGUGUCUGUUCCAUCACCAUAAGGAUCAAUCAGCUUAUUCCACUGUAAGGAUGUCACUUCUAAGAUUCUUCACCCUCCACCAAUCCCAUAAUGAUUGUGCAAUUAUCUUGAUCCUAUCAUUUUUUGUUCUCUAUAGUCAAAACAACAGAUUUUCACACCUGAUAUUGUACAGCUUUCCAAUGUCAAAUGUGGGAUGAACAUUUAUAUUUCUCUUUUCAAAGUUCUUGGGACUCAUGAGUCUGGUCUUUAAUUGUAAAAAUAAUUGUGAUUACAGUAAAAUGGUUUCUGGCAGACAUCCAUCUGGUGAAUCUUACAUCAACCUCUGAUCCGCAUUUGCAGUCUUUGUACCAUUGUGGUUGCAUUAGCCUCCCAUUGAGCAAAAUUGUGUACAUAGAGAUGCUGAAAGGGUUUUGUUGGGCUUCUAGAAAGAUGCUGAAAAGCUAUAAAAAUUGAAUACUGCACUUUUUCAAUGGAGUAGUGGUAAGGACUUGGAUUGCUGGUUGAUGUGUUAAUUUUUCUGUUGUGUACAGUUCUCAUCCUGCAUUUUAAUGCAGAAAAGUAAUUUUUUGAAAAAAAAUACUCUAACUUCGCCAAAUGAAAAAGUAUUCUGUGAUCCAAACUCUAGUGCCAUUUAGCUGUCUCUUCCCUAGAGAAAGAAAUUAUCUUGUAUGAAAGUGUAGAAGGUUCAGACACGUUUUUUACAAGCCAAAUAGUUUUAUAAUAAUUAAUAAUUAUUUUGUUUAUUAUUAUUAUUAUUUCAGUUUAUUGAUAAUUGCCAAACAAUAUAAUUUAAAAUUCUUUUCACAUGUAUUAUGUUUAUCAGUUCUUUCUUUACUUUAAAUCAGAGUAUAGUUUAUCGAAAUUUAGUAUAUUAGAAAUGCAGUAUUUGGCAAUUUGCCUGUAAAUUUGGAUUUAAAAUGCCAAAGACUGACAAUGGCCCUGCAUUUAUUAUUAUACGGUGCUUUAAAGACCUUCCCUUAAAAGUAAACCCAAUUGCAUUGUGUGAAAUUGACUAAGAGUAACAGGAAGAUGUCAUUCGCAUGUCAGGGUUGAUUUAGAUCUGUAAUCAAGUGAUAGUGUUGGUGAGGCCUCACAGAAGAAAACUUGACAUUAAUCUCAAUACUACAACUAUGACUGGUAUGAUCUUCCCCAAGUUAUCUUCAGUUAGUCCCUUUACCUAAAUCUGCUUGGAUGGAGGCUAAUAAUAGGUAUAUUAUGUCCUAUACUGUAUCUUGGCUAUUUUUUGCCACUGGAAUGUGGGCUGCAUCACUUUUUUAAUCACUCACAUGUUAUUAAUAAAUCCUUUCAAGGCCUGACAUCUUGUUUUGUUGACUUUUUUUUUUAAACCAUGCUUUCUUUGAAUGCAAGACACACUGUUGCCCAAGUAUAUUUGGUUUAUCGUAAUUAUUGUGAUUGUGAAUAAUACUUUUUUGUCAGUCAUAUUUAAGGAAAUAUUUCCCACAUUGUUUUAGUGGACUUUUUGUAUUUUUGAUCUCCUGAAGACAAUGGCCACUAAAGUGAUGACUUCUGCUUUAGUUUCUUAAUGCUUUUUGAUGUGUUUUUGUUAUUCUUUACAUAAAUGCACAACAAGAGAUUGUAUUGUCUUCCUCUUCAGGAUGUUUGUGGAAGCUGAUUUACUUUAUGAUCAAGAAAUCUGAAAUAUGUCUGUCUUUUAUGCAGGAAGCCUUGGGUUCUUCUCUUUUCUGUCAGAUGCUGAAUUGAAGAGAGCAGAGAAAUUGUUGUAUGCAUUUUUUGUGUAUUUAAAUGUAACCUGUUCUGAAAGACAUGAAAAUGUUGCAUAACUAUUAAGUAUAAUAAGUGAAUUUUUUUUUAAUUGAAGCAAAAAAUAAAUAACUUUGGAUAAUCA